GGGAGAGGGGUCCUUCACAACCUUUCCCACUUGGACUUUCAAUGACUCAGAAAGCUAGUGCUAGAGAAAGAAGAUCAUGUCCUUGGGAAAGAUGGAGAAUGAGUUCGAAGUCAGGAAAGCCCGACUCUACAAAGGAUUGAGGUGGAAGACCCAGACCCAGGGCCUCCCGAACUCCCACUCACCUGGGAAUGAGCUCUGCCCCUCCACGGAGCACGCUUCAAAGGUCUGCCUGUGUGGGUGCAGCUUGCGGACAAAAGCUGUCCUCCACCCCAGGCCGGAUCCAGUCCCUCUUCUGAUCUCUCGGGUGCCGUCCAACUUGCCAUCAGAGAGGAAGACACUGGUUUCCAGGGAGACAGUCUUUCCUGCUCAGCUCUCCCACCACUCUCCGAAGGAAAAAGCUGAGGGCAGGUCCCAGCUGUUGUCUUGGCGGGAUCCGGUACCUCUACGCCAGCUGGUGCCUAUGAGCGUGUGGCCCAAGGGCUUUAUUCAUCCGCUCCCCAAACCUUUGCCAGGGCAAGCUCUGAGCACCUUUAUCCACGUUGAAGGGGUUCACAUCCCUAGGGCAGUAUCUCCGGUGACAUCACUGGUGGAAGAUAACAAGUCUUCUAUGCCACCUUUACUGAAAUGAACAUGCCUGCUCAAUUAAUUACUAUUUUUUCUGUGUCCACUGUAAACAUGCAAAACUGUCCAGUUUUAACUGAGAAUAUAUUUUUAUCCUCAUUGUGAACCUAGUUGGGACUUCCAGAAUAUUGUAUCCCAGUGUAUCUUUCAAAAUAUAUUUUUAUUUUUAUUUGGGAAUGU